AGAAGAUCUUUAGGGGGAGGCAUCAUAAUGUACUCCGUGUAAGAGAAGAACCCAUUUUUGCAAUUUGGGCAAUUUCAGUUUUCUCGGUGGCGGUAGACGCGGUGUGACUUCUUCAGCCUUUCCAAUUCCGUUGACAUAAAACGGCGUCGUUUCUAAUCAAAUUUAAUUCUCUUUGCUAGGAUCGCAACAUUCUCUCUCUCCCCAUCUCUCUUUUCUCUUGAGCAGAGAACACAAGUAUUGGAGCUAGGGUUCUUGCACACACACUUGGGACUUGAAGAUUUGAAGCUUUUGUGUAUAGACUGAACCCGAGCUGAACUGCAUCUCACCUAUAAACACAUUUUUGAGGACGAUGCAGCAGCCUGUGCAGCCAAGGCCUUCUGCCAAUGGAUAUGGCCGUCGUAAAGUUGAAAAAGAAAUGGGUACUAGGUUGGAGAGUGAAGUUCAAUCUGGAAAAACUACUUCCCGUCAAUUUGCUGGUGUAGGUAAAGGGGGAGCAUAUCAAAGCCCGUCACGUGAUCGACUAAUUUAUUUAACUACUUGUCUUGUUGGACAUCAAGUGGAAGUACAAGUGCUGGACGGAUCUGUGUUUUCUGGGAUACUUCAUGCAGCAAACACUGAAAAAGAUUCUGGUAUUAUUCUGAAAAUGGCCCAUUUGAUAAAAGAUUGUACAGAGGGAAUGAAGAGUACUUCUGAAACUUUUAGCAAGCCUCCAUCAAAGACUCUAAUAAUCCCGGGUAAAGAGUUUGUGCAAGUUACAGCAAAGGGUGUGCCUGUAACUUUAGAUGGCUUCAGAACAGAAUUCAUGCUGGAAAAGCAGCAGGAACUUUUGACAGAUUCAUGCAUUUCACAAUCUCGGCAUAAUGAGGUAGCGCGGCAGUUGGAACGCUGGGUACCUGAUGAUGAUGCUCCUGAAUGUCCUGAACUAGAAAAUAUAUUUGACGGCCAUUGGAAUAGGGGCUGGGAUCAAUUUGAAGCCAAUGAAACACUGUUUGGAGUAAAAAGCACAUUUAAUGAGGAACUUUAUACGACAAAGCUUGAGAAAGGUCCUCUGAUGAGUGAGUUGGAAAAAGAAGCUCUAAGAAUAGCUAGAGAAAUUGAGGGUGAGGAUACACGUGAUCUUCAUCUAGCAGAGGAGAGAGGGAUUCAACUUCAUGGGAACCUAGAAGUUGAUGAGGAAACCAGGUUUUCUGCAGUUGUUAGAGAGGUUGAUGAUAGCGGUUAUGACGACUGUGAGGACAUAUUAUUGGAUUCACGUAAUGACGAAACAUUUCAAGGUGUAUCUAGUACUAUGGGCAAGUUAUCUACUGACAAGAGCAGUAGGAAAAUUAGUGAUGGUGCACAAGUGUCAUCAGGAUCUUCCUCCAUGGAUGAAGUGCAAUCUUCCCAGUUAAGUACCAGCAGGGAUCUCUAUCAGAUUUGUUAUGAUGAUCAUGCUAAACAGUCAUCGGCUGAAAUUGUUCCUAAAGGUGCCUCUAUCUUAAACAGGGGACUCAAAGCCCUGUUUAGUGAGCAUGCUGGGGCAAAUUGCAAUAACGAGGAUAAAAGAAAUCAAAUGAUAACUGAAGAAGCUCAAAUGUCAUUACCGGAAGAUUCAAAGUCUUCUUCAAGAAUAAAGAUGGAUACCUCUGAUAGGGGUAGAUUGUCUUCAGACAUCUCCGCAUCGUGUGUUCAUCCAGAGCGCCAGGAUAAGAUCCCAAGUUCUUCUAGAGAGAAGUUGGAGGGUGUGGUGUCUUCCAAGAUUCAGGGGACUGCACAAUCUGCUAAUUCUCGUGUGCGACCUAGUAGUUCUGCUCUAUCCACUUCUGAUGAAACAGGUGCUGCCUCAACGUCAGCUGACAAUGGAUUAUCACGAACCUCUUCUAUAAAUUCAUUUUCGUUAGAAAAAUCCACAUUGAAUCCACAUGCUAAGGAAUUUAAACUAAAUCCUAAUGCAAAGAGUUUCACCCCAUCUCAAUCACCUUUGAGACCUGCUUCGCCGGUGUCUGAUAAUUCCUUCUACUAUCCAGCUGGUGUGACGACUGUCCCGCACAUGCAUGGCAUGCCUGUUGGCAUUGGAGUUGGUGCAUCAUUUUCUGCACAUCAGCCUGUUAUAUUUAAUCCUCAGGCGACUCCUGUACCACAACCGUAUUUUCAUCCAAAUGGACCACAGUAUGGACAGCAGAUGAUGAUUGGUCACCCUCGGCAAGUUGUCUAUAUGCCGAAUUACCCCACUGAAAUGCCGUUUAAGGGAAGAGAGUAUUAACCAGUUUGCUAACAAUAUCGCGUGGUGGGUUGACCCAAUUUGCUGAUGUAGAAAAUAAUUUCUGACGCUAGAUGUUGUGGACCAUUUAUUGGUGAACGAGGUUCAGCUGGUUGAUGAAGGUCUCCAAAUGGUUUGAUUAGAGCUCUUCCUUGUAGUGGAAUUUCACCGACUCAUAAUCACAGAUUUGUAAGCUUUCAGAUUUACAGUCUCUCAUGGAGUUUAUUUACCGAGGUGUUACUUUGGUAUAUUUCAUAUUUCUUCUCUUUGAUCUGUAUUCCUGAUAAUGUUUGUUGUUCUGUUAUUUCAAUACUAUUUAGUGGACUUUUAGCUA